GCGGGGCUGCGGGGAGGUCGGGGGCGGGGAGCAGCAGGCGGCGGGCCCCGGGAAGAAAAGAACAUGGCUUCUGCGGCGGGCAGCGCCGAGCGCCGCUCGGGGCGAAGGCGCGCCGGGCGCCAGUGACCGCGAUGGUGAACUCGAGCCGCGUGCAGCCGCAGCCGCCCGGGGACGCGAAGCAGCCGCCCGCGCCCCGAGCGGCGGGCCCGGGCCGGCUGAUGGCGGGCGGCGCGGCCGUGGGAGCCGGCCUGGCGGCCCCCGGCGGCCUCCGCGAGCAGCGGGGCCUGGAGAUCGAGAUGGAGCGCAUCCGGCAGGCGGCCGCGCGGGACCCGCCGGCCGGAGCCUCGGCCUCCCCGUCGCCCCCGCUCUCGUCGUGCUCGCGGCAGGCGUGGAGCCGCGACAACCCGGGCUUCGAGGCCGAGGAAGACGAGGAGGAGGAGGAGGUGGAAGGGGAAGAAGGGGGGAUGGUGGUGGAGAUGGACGUGGAGUGGCGCCCGGGCAGCCGGAGGUCGGCCGCCUCCUCCUCCGUGAGCUCCGGGGGCGCCCGGGGCCGGGGACUCGGGGGCUACCACGGCGCGGGCCACCCGAGCGGGAGGCGGCGCCGGCGAGAGGACCGCAGCCCCCCGAACCCCAGCCCGGCGGGCGGCGGGGACCCGCUGCAUCGCCACCUCCCCGUGGACGGGCAGCCUCCGCGAGUGGCCUGGGCGGAGAGGCUGGUUCGCGGGCUGCGAGGUCUCUGGGGAACAAGACUUAUGGAGGAAAGCAACACGAACCGAGAGAAAUACCUGAAAAGCGUUUUGCGGGAGCUGGCCACAUACCUCCUUUUUCUCAUCGUCCUGUGCAUCUUGACCUACGGGAUGAUGAGCUCCAGUGUGUACUACUACACUCGCGUGAUGUCACAGCUCUUCCUAGACACCCCCGUGUCCAAGACGGAGAAAACUAACUUUAAAACGCUUUCUUCAGUGGAAGACUUCUGGAAGUUCACAGAAGGUGCCUUAUUGGAUGGGCUGUACUGGAAGACACAGCCCGGCAACAGAACUGAAGCUGACAACCGAAGCUUCAUCUACUACGAGAACCUCCUAUUAGGGGUACCACGGAUACGGCAACUCAAAGUCAGGAAUGGAUCCUGUUCUAUCCCCCAGGACUUGAGAGAUGAGAUUAAAGAGUGCUAUGAUGUCUACUCUGUCAGUAGUGAAGACAGGGCUCCAUUUGGUCCAAGGAAUGGAACUGCUUGGAUCUACACGAGCGAAAAAGAUUUGAAUGGGAGUAGCCACUGGGGAAUGAUCGCAACUUACAGUGGAGCUGGCUAUUACCUGGAUUUGUCGAGAACAAGAGAGGAAACGGCCACUCAGAUUGCUAGUCUCAAGAAAAAUGUCUGGCUAGAUCGAGGAACCAGGGCAACUUUUAUUGACUUUUCAGUGUACAACGCCAACAUUAACCUGUUCUGUGUGAUCAGGUUAUUGGUUGAAUUCCCAGCAACAGGCGGUGUGAUUCCAUCUUGGCAAUUUCAGCCUGUAAAGCUGAUCCGAUAUGUCACGACUUUUGAUUUCUUCCUGGCAGCCUGUGAGAUUAUCUUUUGUUUCUUUAUCCUCUACUAUGUGGUGGAAGAGAUAUUGGAGAUUCGCAUUCACAAGCUACACUAUUUCAGGAGUUUCUGGAAUUGUCUGGAUGUUGUGAUCAUUGUGCUAUCAGUGAUGGCUAUAGGAAUUAACAUACACAGAACGUCGAGCGUGGAGGUGCUGUUACAGUUCCUGGAAGAUCAAAAUACUUUCCCCAACUUCGAGCAUCUGGCAUACUGGCAAAUACAGUUCAACAAUAUAGCUGCGGUCAUAGUAUUUUUUGUCUGGAUUAAGCUCUUCAAAUUCAUCAACUUCAACAGGACCAUGAGUCAGCUCUCCACAACCAUGUCUCGGUGUGCCAAAGAUCUCUUUGGUUUCGCAAUUAUGUUCUUCAUUAUUUUCUUAGCCUAUGCUCAGUUGGCAUACCUUGUCUUUGGCACUCAGGUUGAUGACUUCAGUACUUUCCAAGAGUGUAUCUUCACUCAAUUCCGUAUCAUUUUGGGUGAUAUCAACUUCGCAGAGAUUGAGGAAGCUAAUCGAGUUUUGGGACCACUUUAUUUCACUACAUUUGUAUUCUUUAUGUUCUUCAUUCUUUUGAAUAUGUUCUUGGCCAUCAUCAAUGACACUUACUCUGAAGUGAAAUCUGAUUUGGCUCAACAGAAAGCUGAAAUGGAACUCUCAGAUCUUAUCAGAAAGGGCUACCAUAAAGCCUUGGUCAAACUCAGACUAAGAAGAAAUACUGUGGAUGACAUUUCAGAGAGUCUGCGGCAAGGGGGAGGCAAGUUAAACUUUGAUGAACUUCGACAGGAUCUCAAAGGGAAGGGCCAUACUGAUGCAGAGAUCGAGGCAAUCUUCACAAAGUACGACCAAGAUGGAGACCAGGAACUGACUGAACAUGAACAUCAGCAGAUGAGAGAUGACUUGGAAAAAGAGAGGGAGGACCUGGACUUGGAUCACAGCUCUUUACCACGUCCCAUGAGCAGCAGAAGUUUCCCACGAAGCCUGGAUGACUCCGAGGAGGAGGAUGAUGAAGACAGUGGGCACAGCUCCAGAAGGAGAGGAAGCAUCUCCAGUGGGGUUUCUUAUGAAGAGUUUCAAGUCCUAGUGCGACGAGUGGACCGCAUGGAGCACUCCAUCGGCAGCAUUGUGUCCAAGAUUGAUGCUGUGAUAGUGAAGCUGGAGAUCAUGGAGCGGGCCAAACUGAAGAGAAGGGAAGUGCUGGGAAGGCUGCUGGACGGAGUGGCCGAGGAUGAAAGACUGGGUCGUGAGAGUGAAAUCCACAGGGACCAGAUGGAACGGCUAGUGCGUGAAGAGUUGGAACGCUGGGAAUCCGAUGAUGCAGCUUCCCAAAUAAGUCAUGGGUUAGGCACCCCUGUGGGACUCAACGGCCAGCCUCACCCCAGAAGCUCCCGCCCUUCUUCCUCUCAGUCUGCAGAAGGAAUGGAAGGCGCGGGUGGAAACGGGAGUUCCAAUAUGCACGUGUAGGAUAUGUGUUAGCAAAUGUGUUUGUAAUGGGUGAGAAGGUGGCUUCCUGAAUCGCCAUUGCAAGGUUACUACAGUACGUCCUCACUUAACGUCAUGGAUCGGUUCUUGGAACUGUGGUGAAAACAGAAUAUAAUGAAACCAAUUUUACCAUAGGCUAAUUGACAUAAGCAAGAGUUAUGUUCCCACAGCAUAAACAUUAAUAAUAAAACGACUUUAUUCCAGGACCUGCUGUAUUUAUAUGCCCUGACCAGCACAUGAUGUUGGUCAUUGUGAUCAAUUGUUAAUUCUUCUGCACUUUAAUUUAUUUUAAAUCAACUUUGCCCAUGGAUCAAAGAAGAUUUUCUUUUUUUUUUUACUCAUUUAAGUAAUUAGGUGUAAAUAUUGAGUACAUUAAAAAAAAUCUCUGUAAAGUUUAAGAAGUGGUGUACUCACUUGGUACCACAACUGAGUCUUCUCAAUUGACAAUGAAGUUGCCUUUUAAACUAGAAGAGAACUGUGUAAAGGCUUCUGAGUUUUAUUUUCAAUCACAAAAUCAGUAUUGUCAUUUUAGCCCAGUGUGUGAAGGGAAAGUAGGGGCAUUCCUUCCCACUCAAGCUUGGCUCGUGGGCUUAAUAUAUAGCUUUUUUUUUUUUUUUUUUUUUUUUAAGAAAGGAGCCUUUUAUUUCAACUACCUUCCUGGGGUAAACUUUUCUAAAGGACAACCUGGAAAAGAACUCCAAAACAUAGAAUGGGUAUGUAGUCAUUAUGCUAGAAUAUGUAUGAAUGGUUCAGAUAAAUGUUGAAUUCUGUGCUUUUUAUUCUUUUAUCAUAUCUAAUGUCUGUGGGGAUAACUGUUUUACUUAAUUUUUACACUAUUUUUCUCCCAUUUGAAAUGAGCUGCAUGAAACCCCAAAGAUCAACUAUGGGUUAAAAUGUCUUCUCGGACUUAACAUAGGAGAAUUGGAAGGAGCCUUAUCACUAAGUUCAACUGUUUCUAAUAAUUAAUUUAAUAUAAAGAUUUACUAUAUAUUCUCUUUUCCAUACGGCUCAACUUAUUUGCAACUGAAUGUAAUGUUGCAACUAAUGUAGGAAGAGCCGCUUAUUAAAUUGUUUAGUUAGUACUGAAAUUUGUAGUAAAUAUGUUCAUUUUAAACAAAAUUUUAAGGGAGUGGUGAAAUUCAUAUAAAUAUAUUAUAAAACUAAA